AUGCCACGUUGCGUCGAGGUGGUCAUCGAGGUCGAUGGUAUCGAGCCACACGCAUACGAAAACGCACACGUCAAAUCCUCAAACGGUACGGAGAGUCCCAAAAGUCGUAGCGAUCUAAUCGCGGGUGAAAAUUUGUUGGGUGCCUCUCACUCCGCAUUUACCCACCCUGGUCCGUCGCCGGUGUCACCAUCAUCGUCGCCACACCAGUACACCACCUCUGAGUCACAGUAG